UAAAGAAAGAGUUGAGAGAAUAUAAUGAAGAGGAAGACUGACAGAAAGAGAAGAUGGCUGAUAAGUGUCACUUGUGUCUGCUGGGACUGAUCUUUCUCUCUUCACUUCUCACAGGUCUCAGUGGAGUGGAUGAUGCUCAUGUGUUCAUCAGUUCUGGUGAAGAUGUCCGUCUGCCCUGUAAUAAUGCUCUUCCUGACUGUAAAUCAACUACAUGGAUCUAUAACAGAUUCAGUCAUUCAUCAGCAGUUGAACUGAUUGCUGGAGGGAGAAAGAGGACAGACAGAGAGAAACAUGAGAGACUGAGUCUGGAGUCUGACUGCUCUCUGAACAUCAAGAGAGUCACAACAGAAGAUUGUGGAUCUUACAUCUGCCAACAAUAUGUGAAUGGACAACAGCGGGGAACUGAGGCUCGUGUUUUUCUGCAUGUUCUUCAUGUCUCUUCAUCUGAGAUCAGUGCAGGUCUCUCUGUGACUCUCUUCUGUCAGUUAUAUUCAUAUGAUCAAGUCUCUUGUGAUGAUUUGAUCCGUUCUGAACGAAUUGAUCUGUUCUGGGUGAAUCAGGCUGGUGUUAAACUGACAAACUCAGACUCCAGAUAUCAGAUAUCAUUCUCAUCAGAUUACUGUAUCAGCUAUCUGAAGAUAACAAUCCUGACUGAAGAUCACAACAGAGAGUGGAGAUGUGCAGUUACUCAAAGAGAUCAACUCAAGACCUCAGUCUCAUACACUGUCAAGAUCUCAGCUCGAGCUGAUUCAGAAACAGCAGAGACUCCAGUCCACAUCACAGACUCAACUACAACUACAACAACAUCAACUACUUCUACACCAGAAAAUCAGAAAUCAUUAAACACCCCAAACUUUGAGAGGACUGCAGCUGCACACACAUCUGGAUUUACUGAUCAACAGGUUGUAACUUCAACUACAGAAACAACACUGAAUCCAGACACCACACCAAUCUCUCAGGAUCAGGUGAUUGUGAUUGUGAUUGUUGUCGGUGUUUCGGUCGCUCUUCUUCUUCCUGCUCUGAUUCUUUGGCUGAUUCGUAAAAAAAGAGCCGAUGUCAGAAGAGAGACUGAUGACUCUGUGGAGAAGACAGAUGAUGUGACUUAUACUGAAGUUACUGCGCGCAGAAAAAACAGAGCCAAGAAGAACAAGGUUCGCUGUGAUGAUAAAGUGACUUACGCUUCCAUCAGAGGAACAAAAGCUGGAGCUCAGGAAAACUGCAGUCAACUUUAUGCCUCUGUGAACAAGAACCAUCAAAAAUCAGACACAUAUGCAAAUUCAUAUGCAUUGUUAAUCCUUUUGAUCUUUCAUUUAAAAAAUCACAAAGAUUUAUCCUAUCAUUGUAUAAUAAUAUUUAAAAUGAGGGGGAAAAUAUCAUUAUGAAAUAAACAUUUUUUUCUUUCUUUUUUUUAGCUGUAGUAUGAUUCGCUGUCCAAACAAAAACGCAAAGGCGGUGUCCUCAAAUUGAUCCACUCUGGGACCCGGUUUAAAAAAACAUUGGUUUCACUCUUCCAAAACACAGGAUCUCUGAGAAGAAACGCCUAUCCGAUAAAAAAAUUGUGCGUAUUCACAGAAACGCGUCUCCGUGUGGAUGGAAAAAAAAGGAAAAACGAAAAAUUUUGGAAACCCUCAAUUUUGCUGUUUCCCUCUCAAACGUGAUUGGAUUGUGCAGGCGCCAGAUCCGUGUACUUUUUGACAAUUUCUUAUUUAGAAUGCAAUAACAAGAAAUGGAAA